GGCAUAUUUAUAGCCCCCAUUAUUAGUCACCUCCUCCUUACCAUUUCAAGGAGGUUGGCCGGCCGCUGAGUCUCCGAAGUUUCUUCUAUUCCUCUAAAGUACCAACUGCAAUUUGAAUGUUUUAUUGUUUCUUGCAAUCCAGUUAAUCCCUGAAAGACUAUCAUUGUUCCACUCUUUCCAACCAAACCUCCGCUAUGGCCAGCACGUUCUCCGGUGGUGGUGGCCGUGGCGGUGGCAUUAGAGGCGGAGAGUUCUUCCCUUUUCUAGUACACCUAGUACGGGGAAGAUGGUUCACGGUUUUCGCCUCCUUCCUAAUAAUGACCGGCGCUGGUGCAACUUACCUUUUCGGAAUCUACUCCAAACAGAUAAAAGCCUCUCUUGGAUACGACCAAACCACGCUCAAUCUGCUGGGCUUCUUCAAAGAUCUUGGAGCCAAUGUUGGGGUUCUGUCCGGCCUCAUAGCCGAGGUAACCCCAACUUGGUUUGUCCUGCUCGUAGGGUCGGCUUUGAAUUUUGCAGGAUACUUCAUGAUAUGGCUGGCUGUCACCGGAAAAAUCGCCAAGCCAAAGGUAUGGCAGAUGUGCAUCUACAUAUGCGUUGGAGCCAAUUCACAAAACUUUGCAAAUACAGGAGCUCUCGUCACAUGUGUCAAGAACUUCCCUGAAAGCAGAGGCGUUAUGUUGGGGCUGUUGAAGGGUUUCGUGGGGCUGAGCGGAGCUGUCAUGACACAGCUUUACUUAGCCAUCUAUGGAAGCGAUUCCGUAUCUCUUAUUCUUCUAAUCGCGUGGUUCCCCGCGGCGCUGUCGGUGGUGUUCGUGUACACGAUCCGGACCAUCAAGAUUGUGAGGCAACCCAACGAGAUCAGAGUCUUCUACCAUUUCCUCUACGUCUCAAUCGUGCUCGCGUUAUUUCUCAUGGUUAUGACUCUCCUUCAGAAACAGAUUGUUUUCUCCCACGAAGCCUUUGCUGGAAGUGCUGCUGUGAUUUCUUUCAUGCUCUUUGUUCCUCUGUUUAUUGCGAUUCGCGAAGAGCUGCAACUCUGGAACCUCAAGAAACUGCCUGACUAUAUCAAUGUCCAAGAAACACCACUGGCAAUUCAGUCAAAAGAGGUAACGCCACCGCCAUAUUCUUCUGCAGAGCAAGAAGAGAAGGUGGCAGCUGGGACAUCUUGUUUCUCAAACAUAUUUAACAAGCCGGAAAGAGGAGAAGACUACACCAUUUUACAAGCACUCCUGAGCAUUGACAUGUUGAUUCUAUUCCUCGCAACAUUGUGCGGACUCGGGUCGAGUUUGACGGCGGUAGACAACCUGGGGCAGAUAGGCGAGUCAUUGGGAUAUCCCACCCGAACUGUAAGCACCUUUGUAUCACUGGUUAGCAUAUGGAAUUACUUCGGAAGAGUCUUCUCCGGGUUUGUCUCUGAAACCCUGCUUGCUAGAUACAAACUUCCCCGGCCGGCUAUGAUGACACUGGUGCUUCUUUUUUCGUGCAUCGGCCACCUGCUCAUCGCCUUCCCGGCCCCCGGAGCUGUCUAUGUGGCAUCCAUCAUCAUCGGGUUCUCGUUCGGCGCACAAUUGCCUCUGCUUUUCGCCAUCAUUUCGGAGCUUUUCGGCCUCAAGUACUACUCAACAUUGUUCAAUUGUGGACAAUUGGCAAGUCCACUUGGAUCGUAUAUACUCAACGUGAAGGUCACUGGGAUGCUGUACGACAGAGAGGCAUUGAAGGAGCUAGCGAAGAUGGGUCUGGAUAGGUCUUCGGUGAAGGAGCUGACUUGCCUUGGUUCCCAGUGUUAUAGACUAUCUUUCAUUGUUCUGGCUGCUGUUACCUUCUUUGGAGCCCUUAUUUCAUUGAUUUUGGUGGCGAGGACGCGUGAAUUUUACAGAGGUGAUAUAUACAAGAAGUUUAGAGAGGAAGCAACAGAUGAUGAGACUCCCAAAGAAAAAAACCGAAUAAAUGACGAGUUUUGAAUC